GAGGAAUCCUGGGCAGCGUGCCGCUCCUGCCCGCAGGCAGGCGAGCCCUGUAUAUAAAGCGAGGGGUGCCCCGCUGGGCUGCCGCAGUUUGCCGCUCUCGGCACCUCGCCGGCUCCCUCCGCUUCUGUUCCUGCCUAUCGGCGUCCGGUUUCUCUGCUCCGGGGCAGGACAGCGAGGCGGGCGGGGCUCAUGGCGUCCAACUACGUGGACACCGCGGCGGAGGAGGGCAGGUACCGCGGCGGAGGAGGGCACCACCACAGCACCACGCCCACCGGCGCGGCCGCGGCGUCGCCGAAGUACCUGCGGAGGAGCUGGUCGUCCGCGUCCUCCGCCCACGGCCACGGCCACGGCGCCGCGCCCAAGUGCGUCUGCGCGCCGGCCACGCACGCGGGGUCGUUCAAGUGCCGCCUCCACCGCGCCGCCAGCUCCCACGGCCACGGCCACGGCCACCCGGCGUCCCCUCCCUCCCCGGCCGCCGCCACCACCUCCGCCGCGCCGCCGCCCGCCGUGCCGCCGCCGUCCUCCCGCACCGUCGCGGCGCAGUGACGGCGCCCACCCGUCUCUCUGGACUCCGGAACCAAGAACCGCCGCCCGGCAGCAAGAAGAGGAGGGAAGAGAGCAAAGGGGAAAGAACGUAGCCUCUCUGUGUUAUGUGACGCAAGAAAGGGCGCUUAUUUGUUCCUCCCUUCAUCUUGAUGCCAUUGGCGAAAAUUCUCAUUUCCUUUUCUGAUUUU